AUAUAUAUAUAUAUACAAAUACUUACACAUAUACGCAGGCGCAACGCACAUUUGCAUAUCCGAAUGCGCUAUCCCAAGGCCGCGACUUUAUUCUGCCCCGCCAAAUCGACGGAUAUACGAUGUUUCUCCCUCUUUCUCUCUUGCGCGGACGUCCUUCGAGUUUAUGAUUUUUUUUUCGUCAUUUUCCAACGCCUGAUUAAAUAAUUGUUGCACUAUAAGCGCGCGAUUCUCCUAUACAUGACACGUGACGUAUGCACGUAUGACGUGUCAUCAGGGCUGUAUUAAGAUGUUUUGUUGCGACGAAGAUUGGAGCAUCGCAAAGCAUGAUAGAACUGAGUGCGAAAGAUAAGAUUAAUUACAGUUUUGAUGUGAUGGAUGUAUAACACAAUGCACAGUCGAUGAAGGUUCCUCUAAGCGCAUUCGUACGCACCGCGCGGAUGUACGUGGACGAUCGAGUAAGGGGACGUCCAUGACGAAGGUUAUGGGAUAACCGGAUAACCAAAUCGGAUCGCGAAAGUUUCUCAUUUCGUUAAAAGUAUGGGAAACUUUAUGGGUGACAUCGUGAUCUGCCUGCUGGUACUACUUUCAGUCAGUGUCGUAUUUGGAAUCAGCGAGGUCAUCAAAUCAUUCACAAAUAAUGGAGAAGAUAUUCUUAAGACGUCUACGUACAGUUGGAUUGUUCGAUUAUGUUUAAAUCUAUUGGGAUAUGCCACUAUAUUGUUGCCAGGUUGCCUUACAUACAAAUAUGUACGCUAUACAAAAUAUAUUCAAAGGGGUGGGAAAAGCUCUAUCUCUAGAUUGGUGCAUUCAUGUUUUAUGGGACACUGUGAGACGGGUCUUUUGGAUUCGCCUUCAUAUACUCCCAAUGCUUCCGCACAUGUCCAACGGACUUUUACUCAAGAUGCCCUACUCCUAAUGUAUUGUUUCCUUGGAUUGCAAAUCAGUUAUUUAACAUGGGGCUAUUUACAAGAAAAGAUAAUGACACAAGAAUAUGAAGAUGCUUCUGGCAAUAAAGCACGGUUUCAAGAUUCACAAUUCUUGGUGUUUGUAAAUCGUAUUCUUGCCUUUAUCAUGUCGGGAAUAUAUUUACUUAUACAACGUCAGCCACAGCAUAAGACUCCGUUAUAUAAGUACGCGUUUUGUUCUCUGUCAAAUAUCAUGAGUAGUUGGUGUCAAUACGAAGCUCUGAAAUAUGUCAGUUUUCCAUCGCAGGUUUUGGCCAAAGCUUCGAAAAUUAUUCCUGUUAUGAUAAUGGGAAAAAUAGUUUCACAUACAACAUAUGAAUAUUACGAGUAUGUCACCGCGAUUCUUAUUUCCAUCGGAAUGACUCUCUUUAUGUUGGACAGUUCUGAUCAUAAAAAUGACUUACAAACGCUUUCAGACGGAGCUACAACACUCUCUGGUGUUAUAUUAUUGGGAGGCUACUUAUUAUUAGAUAGUUUUACGAGUACCUGGCAAAAUGCACUUUUUAUAGACUAUGGUGUAACAAGCGUACAAAUGAUGUGUGCAGUUAAUAUGUUUUCCUGUCUGCUGACUGCAAUGUCUUUGUUUCAGCAAUCAAGCUUUCCACUAAUAUUCUCUUUUAUGACAACGUACCCUAGGUUUAUAAUUGAUUGCUUGCUGAUAUCAAUUUGCUCAGCAAGCGGACAGUUGUACAUCUUUUACACCAUUUCUAAAUUUGGAUCGAUUACAUUUGUCAUUAUGAUGACUAUUCGUCAGGGUUUGGCAAUACUAUUGUCUUGCUUAAUUUAUCAUCACGAAAUCACAGUAAUCGGAGUAUUCGGUAUACUGUUGGUAUUCGGCUCAGUAUUUUUACGAAUUUAUUGUAACAAUCGAUUACGGGCAAUUAGAAGACGAAGGGCCGCGGCAAAUAGUAUAAAACAUUAAGAGUUGUAUUACUUAGGCAGAAUUGCAAUUGUAACUGUAGAAUUCAAUUGUUCAUUGUAAUUGCUGUAGAUUAUAGGAUAGAAUUCUGUCACUGUAAUUAUUUCUAUUCUAGCCUUUUAUUGCAAGCAUCAAGAAUUCUAUCCUACGUUUGUAUAAUCAAUUUUUCGAGAUCGCGUAAUGUCUCUGUAUACUAUAUGUAUCACGAAUAUAUUCCUGAUAGUUUUGAUAGCUUUUAAUCGUACUGACUCUUUCAGAAAUAUAUUUAUUAUAAAAUGUAGUUACAUGAAGUGUAUGUCGCAUAUAUGUGUAAUAUGUAUUUUGAAAGAAAAGUACUUGGACGUAUGUGAUCUGAAAGAAAACACGUUGGCAUUAUAUCAUGUUCAUAUUAAUGUAAUGAGUGCUAUGCCAUUGUAUUAUUUAUUUAAAAAAAUAUUUAUUUUGAUAUAAAUACAUAUACAAACAAUCAUCUGUGUGUACAGCAAGCUUUUUUUCCACUAUAGCAAU